AUUCACAUAUGUGUGCAUUCUUGCUCCUCAUCCUCGUGCUUUUCCUAUCCCCUAAAACUCACCUAAUUGAGUAGUAACUGAGAAAUCAUCUUUCUCAUGAGAUUCUGUUCUUGCUAGAACUAUGUAAUGAAGAAAGCCAUUCGAGAAGAGUAUAAAGUGCGAAGAUUUUUCAAGGUUUAUUAAGAGCAGUGAUCUCAAGCUCUUGGCCCUUUAGAAUUCGACUAGAAGAGAAAAAGAAAAAAUAUAUAGUUCAGUAGACAGCGUAGCACUAGAGCUGGCUUGGUGUACCUAAAAGAGAUGUAUCCUUCCAGUACCAAUUGUACUCAUAAUCCUAUACCCUUCUCUUGGGAAAGUGUUGAACAUAGGCCUUUAUUUCACAGUGACAUCAACCCGAAUUCCAAAUUUGAAGACCCUCUCCUAACUUCCUUGUUCCACUUUGCUUCUCCAUGCAUUUAUGAGGAUGCUGUCAAUGAAUUCCCAUGGCAACAACUAGAUGACACUUAUCUCUAUCAGCAACAGUUGAGUACAGCUGAGAACAGCUUAGCUGAGAUUGUUAAUCACAUGGCUGAUCCAAAUUCAGAUCCUGUACAUGGACUAAAACAAGACUGGAACAAAAAUGGUGAGAGCACAGGUGAGAAGGUUACAAGGAAGAGAUUGUCAAAUAAAGAUAGGCACAGCAAGAUCAAUACUGCUCAUGGUCCAAGGGACAGAAGAAUGAGACUGUCCCUACCAGUUGCUCGGAAGUUUUUCGAUUUGCAAGAUGUUUUGGGGUUUGAUAAGGCUAGUAAAACUGUGGACUGGUUGCUGAGACAGUCAAGUUCAGCAAUCGAAGAGAUUAUGAGAGGCCUGCCACGGAUGAGGCACAGCCGUAGUGUUGGUGCAAACACUAGUGUAUCCUCUACUUCUGAGGGUGAAGUGGUAUCUGGAAUCGAAGAUUCAAUUCGAGAUACCACUCAUGACAACCAGCAGGCAAAUAUCAGUGUAAAGAUGAAAGCUAAAUCCUCUUCCAAGAAAGAGAAGAAGGCUAAACUAGUUCGUCGAACUGCACUACAUCGUCUUGCAAGGGAGUCAAGGAAAGUAGCAAGGGAAAGGGCAAGGAAGAGAACAAUAGAAAAAAGAAAACUUGGCGAAUCAAGGUUAUGUUUUGCAGCAAGGGAUAGGGAAUCUUGGGGUUCUUUUGAAACGGAUGAAGGAUCAGGCACCCCAACUCAGAAAAUACAUCCUUCCAUUGAAGGACUGACUGAAGUGGAAGAACUUAACCCUCAUGAGAGAAGGCUUCUGGAGACUAGAGAAUACGCGGCUGGUGAGAUUUUGCUAACCACAGGCAAUUGGAACCCAUCAACUAUCCCCGUCUAUCAGCAAAAUACUGAAAUUUCCAAUGAGCAUCAGUUCUCUGACUUUCAGUUUUGUGGCAAAGCAUGGGAGGCCUACGACAUGAGUCUAGGUGGAUGACUACUUCAUUAUGGUAACAAUUAAUAAAAUAACUCGGAUGCUUCAUUAUGAUGGUCUUGUAACAUAAAUUGGUAGUUGCUCAUUGUUACCUAGUUAUUUUGAUUGUGUAUGUUUUUCGUGUGAACUCUUCAUGUGCAAUCAGAAGAUGUUAUCUGACCUGUAAUUUGCCUGUUUAAGAAUCCUCUUGAAGGUGCCUGUACAUAAAUAAAAGUAUCAGCUAAGUUUCUUC